CCGAGAGCGGCGUUUGCUUCCGUGUUUGUGGGAUUAGGAGAGUCUAGACCCACCGGUGACAGGGACUCGAGGACUAGGGAGGCUCACGGUUCCAUUCAUUUGAGGAAAUUACUUCAAGCUCGCCAACAUGGCAUACGAAUUGAAGCACGUCUUCGCCAGUCUCCCGCAGAUGGAGAGGGGAGUCGCCAAAAUCCUCGGAGGAGACCCCAAAGGCAACAACUUCUUGUACACCAACGGGAAGAGUGUCAUCAUCAGAAAUAUCGAUAACCCUGCCAUCGCUGAUAUCUACACAGAGCACCCUCAUCAAGUGACUGUAGCCAAGUAUUGUCCCAGUGGCUUCUACAUCGCAUCUGGAGACAUUUCGGGCAAGAUCAGAAUCUGGGACACCACCCAGAAGGAGCACUUGCUGAAGUAUGAGUACCAGCCCUUCGGAGGCAAAAUUAAGGACAUCUCCUGGACGGAGGACAGCAAGAGAGUCGCGGUGGUGGGAGAGGGCAGAGAGAAGUUUGGUGCCGUGUUCCUGUGGGACAGCGGCUCCUCCGUGGGCGAGAUUGUCGGCCACAGCAAGAUCAUCAACUCGGUGGACAUCAAGCAGACGCGCCCCUACCGCCUCGUCACCGGCGGCGAUGACACCUCCUGUGCCUUUUUCGAGGGACCGCCGUUCAAGUUCAAGUUCACCAUGACUGACCACAACCGCUUCGUCAACUGUGUGCGAUUCUCUCCAGAUGGGAACCGCGUUGUCUCAGCUGGGGCUGACGGCCUGAUCUAUAUCUAUGAUGGCAAGACCGGAGAGAAGAUCGGCACUCUGGGAGGAGAGAAGGCCCACGAUGGUGGAAUCUAUGCUGUAAGCUGGAGCCCAGACAGCAGCCAGCUGAUCUCUGCGUCGGGUGACAAGACGGUGAAGCUGUGGGAUGUGGGCGCUGGCACGGCCGUCACCACCUUCAACAUGGGGGCCGACGUGCUGGACCAGCAGCUGGGCUGCCUGUGGCAGAAGGACCACCUGCUCAGCGUCUCCCUGUCCGGAUACAUCAACUACCUGGACAAGAACAACCCCGACCGACCCAUCCGCGUCGUAAAGGGACACAGCAAGUCAGUUCAGUCCUUGACUGUCCAUAAAAGCAGCGAGGGAAGGAACAUCAUCUACUCCGGCAGCCAUGAUGGACAUAUCAAUUACUGGGAUGCUGAGACUGGAGACAACGACGAGUUCCUGGGUAAAGGGCACAGCAACUCUGUGGUCAAGAUGGCCGUCAACGACACCGACCAGCUGGUGACCUGUGCCAUGGACGAUACCGUCCGCUAUGUCAACGUCAACACAAAAGAAUACAGUGCCUCAGACCUGCUGAAGAUGGACGUUCAGCCUAAAUGCGUCUCCGUGGCGUCAGGUGGCCUUGCCAUGGCUGUCUGCAUCGGUCAGGUGGUGCUGAUGAAGGACAAGAGGAAAGUGUUCACGCUGGACAAUCUGGGCUACGAACCAGAGGCAGGAGCUCUGCACCCCGGAGGUGGCACUGCGGCAAUCGGAGGAGCUGAUGGAAAGGUACGUCUAUACUCUGUGUCCGGGAACACCCUGAAGGACGAUGAGAAGGUCUUGGAGGCCAAGGGGCCGGUGACGGACAUGGCCUACUCCAACGACGGAGCCUUCCUGGCCGUGUCCGACGAGAAGAAAGUGGUCACGGUCUUCACAGUGGCAGAUGGAUACGCGGUGAAAAACGAUUUCUACGGGCAUCACGCGAAGGUGAUGUGCCUGGCCUGGUCGCCAGACAACGAGCACUUCGCCAGCGGCGGCAUGGACAUGAUGGUGUACGUGUGGACCGUCUCCGACGCCGACAAGAGGAUCAAAAUUCCAGACUCCCACAGACUGCACCACGUGAGCGGCCUGGCCUGGCUGGACGAGCGCACAAUAGUGACCACCUCCCACGACGCCAGCGUCAAGCAGUGGACUUUAAAAAUCUGAGCAUUUCACAGCACUCCGGAGCAUCAGGGACUAGGACUACUGUAGAGGGCAGCAUCACCCCACCCCCACCCCCCUUCCAUCUCUCCACUCCUCCAUCCAUCCCUCCGUCUAGGUUGUUCUGUCACUGUCGUUUUUUUCUCUCCUCCUCCCUCACCUUACCUUCCAUACCUUCAUCUCUCUUUUCUGUAAUUUCUUUUCUGUAAUUUCUUUCUUUCUUUCUUUCUUUCUUUCUUUCUUUUCUGGUCUCUGUUUACCUCACCAAGCCCCUUGACUCCUUCUCUCACUAUCUUUAUGUCAUGGUAAGGGAAAAGCUCAUAGAUGCAAAAAAAAUAAUCGUCACCAUCACCACCUCCCUCCUCUGUCUCUUUCCUACAUUAAAAAGUGUACUUGGUUACUUAUUUGCACAAGAAAAGAAAAGAAAGAAAGCAAAAGGUCUAUGACAUUAAUCACUUAACAUCAUCUGAGGAGCUUUCCAUGUUUAAAAAACGUAAAAAAGAAAAGAAAAGAUAGACUGAUAAAAUAAUAACCUUGCGCUCAACAUUCCAGAGGCGCCAGCCUUAUGCCUGUUUUAUCGGAAAUGCUUUUGCGUGUUCUCUCUCUCUCAUGUUUGCCAGCUGUGGUCAGAUCAGUGGUCAGGGUGGCACAGUGAUGGGCACUUAUCGGGCACUUCUUGUUAACCUAUCUCUCAUGUGUUCACAGAAACCCACCCAUCUCUGACUGUGCCAUCCCAGAAAAAUCCCUAUUUUUUAAAAACAAGAAAGUAUGGGUGCGUGGGGAGCAAUAAUGAGUAAAAAAAAAGAAAGAAAAUGAAUAAAGAUAAAUAAAAGAAAACGGAACAUAAGUUGUUUUCCGGUCUUCAAUCAAAGAAAUGCUGUGUGUUUGUUUUGGAACUCCCAUGAAAUUGAUGGUAAUUAUUUUUUGACUCAUUAUUUGUCAUUGUUUUUUUUAUUUUUAUUUUCUUUAUCCUUUUGGUUUAUUGUGAUGCCUCCACCAGAUCCAAGUGGUGGAUGUACCUCAUAAUAUAAUGAAUAAAAUGAACACUUUUUAUGCAA